AUGAUACAGAAGAGGUCUGUCAUGCUCGACUUGCACAGCUUACAGAUGCCCUUUUCCAACACCUGGAAGUAUGGGAUCUUGGCACUAGCCAUCCUCUUGCUCCUGGUGGCCCUAACCAUCUUAACUUGCCAGAUAUGUCAGCUCCAGAAACGCAACAGGACUAGAAAAAAGAAGAGAUGCCCCAGCCGAGGCUGGGUUAGAAUGAAGGCAGUGAAUGGCAUUUGGAGGAAGAAAACACCAGCUCUUCUGCAUGACACUACCAAGCAGAGCAAUGCAGAUAUCAAGGUGGAGGAGUUACAAGCUGAGCUGGGUGAGCCGUCUACCUGCCUCAUCUCCUCCUCCAGUAGGACUGAGGACCUCAGCAGCAUGAGCAGUGAUUUGGGGCCCCUGCCUGGCUCCCAGGGAACACUGAAGUUCUCUCUCCUCUACUGCAAAGAGCGAUGUGAGCUGCUUUUGACUGGGCUGGAGGCCUGGGGGCUGCCUAGGCAUGGGUGUGCUGAGUCCGCCAUCCGGGUCCGACUGCUGAGGCAGGUCCCAUCACACAUCCCUGGGCUCCAGUGCGUGGUCCAGGAGUGGCAAAGUCAGGUGGUGAAGAACUGCAGCAGUCCAGCCUUUGGGGACCACUUUGUCUUUUCCCUGCAGGAUGCUGAGGUGGAGAAGAGCACCCUGAAGUUGGAGGUUCAACGAUUUGACAAAUACUCCAGAAAUGCUGUGCUGGGGGAAGUCAGGGUCACCCUGAGCGAGCUAAAGGCCUCCCAGAGUUUGGUUUUAUGUAAAGAGCUGCAGAAGACUACAAAGGACAUUGUGGGAGAAGUUCUCGUGUCGCUCAAGUGCCUCCCCAUCUCUCAGAGGAUAGAGGUCGGGCUGCUCAAGGCAAAAACUACAUCCCCUGGAAGCACUGCAGAGAAGAAUGUAUACGCAAGGAUAGAUGUUUCCUGGAGACGCCACAAAGAAAAGCACCAGAAGUCCAGGCCACGGGCCCACACGCCACUCAUCAUCUUCAAUGAGACUUUCCUCUUCCACAUGCCUGAGCCUCUAGCAUGGGACUGUACGGUCCUGGUCUCCAUUUAUGAAGUGGACUCAGAUUCCAGGCAUCUCGUUGGACAGGCCACGCUGGGGAAGAGAAGAGCGAAGGAAGCAGCUGAGCACUGGGACCUCAUGGUAAAGUCCAUCCAGCAGCCUGUAGCUAAAUGGCAUCCUCUGCUCAUUUAGAGGGGAAGGUCUUCUGUAGCAGUUGCAUGUGGUGAAUCUGUUUUCUGUCAUGAAGACAAGACAAGGCAGUGCUCACAGUGGGUAUACCUAAGAAAAGACGGAU